CGAGAAAGCGCUUAAAGCGAGCACACGUACGGGGUGAGACGUGCGCUGGUUGGUGUGUUGGUUGUAUAUUGUUUUGAAAAGUGUCGCGGCGCGCGCGGACGCACGCGACGCAUCACAUCGCGUCGCAUCGCAUCGCAUCGCAUCGGAUCGCAUCGGAUCGCCGUGCCUCAGUCGCGAGGCGCGAAGCUGAAUCGGGAUACAGCCGGCGGGAUCGUGUCUGUCCGCUAGACGAGGUAGAGCGAGCGAAGUGUAUAACAUCCUUGUGCCUCCCGGCCGUUCGUAUACGUGCGUAUUACGUUGCCUUCGCCUCUUGGCGGCCGUUCCAUCUGUGCGUGCGUGCGUGUGCUUGACUAGAGCUCGACCGCGCGUAAGCGUGCGUGAACGCGCGACGGGAACGAACGCGGGAAAAGCGUGCGCCGCGGGGUAAUGCACGCGGCAGGCGUCGCGGCGCGACGCGCGACGUGGAAGCUGUCGUCGGGUGGCCGGUGAGUGUCGCCGGAGUGACGAGAGAAAUCCGUUGCGAGGUAUAAUCCCGCGCCGAUCUUUCCGUGGCCUUCCGCGUGCCCGCGACGUCGGGACUGUCGCGACGUGAAAUUGGGAGGACGCGUGAAGCGACGUGUAAUCUCGCCGACCCGGGGGAGUGUCAGUAGUGCAUUGUCGUCGUCGUACUACGCCGACGACGGCGGCGACGACGACCACGACGACGACGACGGCGGCGACGAGGAGAAGGUGGAGGAGUAGAUCAGUGUCGUCGCGCGGAGGAAUCUUAGGGGGAAACCCGACGUUUUGUGUCGUUUUCUCGUACGGUCGCUGCUGAGCGCGCUCCGAUAAUCCCGGAGGAAGGCAACGUCCUAUCUUCGCCACCGCGGCUUGGAUGGAUACUGUGCAUUAUUUCUGGAGUGUACCCACGUCGCCGUCAUCCUGACCUGCCCGAGAAAUCCUCAUGAAAGACUGGGAACUCAGUACUCAGAAUAGCAUCGGCAGUGCGGUGGCUGCAGCCGACACCAUUUCCGCGCCGUGGACCCCCGCGAGUUCCGGGCCGCCGCCCGACGCCAACGGCUCCGGCUCGGAUACGAAGAACCUCGACGUUGGCGAAAUUAGCGAUGACGAGAAGGACCUGUCGGCAGCGGACGCGGAGGGUGUGUGGUCGCCGGAUAUCGAACAGAGCUUCCAGGAAGCUCUUACCAUAUAUCCGCCAUGCGGUCGACGCAAAAUCAUCCUUUCCGACGAAGGGAAGAUGUACGGUCGCAACGAGCUGAUCGCCCGUUAUAUCAAAUUGAGGACCGGUAAGACGAGAACGCGAAAGCAAGUAUCCUCGCAUAUACAGGUCCUCGCGAGAAGAAAACUUCGGGAAAUACAGGCAAAACUCAAAGUGAAUUCCGGAGUCUGUUUUCUUAAUCACGAUUUGUACAAGGAUCAUGCCGCCAAGGAGAAGGCACUCCAGACAAUGUCGAGCAUGUCAAGCGCCCAAAUAGUAUCAGCUGGAAGCGCGAUACACAACAAGAUGCCCCCCGCUCUCGUGGGGCCCCUUGCCCUUCAUGCUUCCACCCCUGUCUCCUAUCCCGGAGCGCAAUUUUGGCAGCCAGGCCUGCAACCAGGAACGUCCCAGGAUGUCAAGCCCUUCCCUCAGCCUGCCUACACCGGGAAACCGGCGACAGCGGUCUCGAGCGGCGAUUUGGUCCAAGCGCAGCCUGCACCACCAUGGGAAGGACGCGCCAUCGCGACCCACAAACUCAGGCUUGUCGAGUUUUCGGCCUACAUGGAGCAGCAAAGAGAACAGGAGAUUUACCACAAACACUUGUUCGUCCAUAUAGGAGGUUCCGUGACCUACGCCGAUCCGCUAUUGGAAGCGGUCGACGUUAAACAGAUAUACGACAAAUUCCCGGAAAAGAAGGGCGGUCUCAAAGAACUUUAUGAUAAAGGACCGCAAGCGGCUUUCUUCCUCGUUAAGUUUUGGGCUGAUCUCAAUAGCAACAUCCAAGAAGAAAGUGGGGUAUUCUAUGGCGUCACGAGCCAGUAUGAGAGCAACGAGAACAUGACGAUAACGUGUUCGACAAAAGUAUGCUCUUUCGGAAAGCAGGUAGUAGAAAAGGUGGAGACGGAGUACGCCAGGUUUGAGAAUGGCAGGUUCGUUUAUCGUAUUAGCCGUUCACCUAUGUGCGAAUAUAUGAUUAAUUUCAUCCACAAACUGAAGCACCUGCCAGAGAAGUACAUGAUGAACAGCGUUCUCGAAAAUUUCACCAUCCUCCAGGUUGUCACGAACAGGGAUACGCAGGAAACAUUAUUGUGUACGGCAUAUGUGUUCGAGGUAUCGACAUCUGAACACGGUGCUCAGCAUCACAUAUACAGAUUGGUCCAAGACUAGCCUGCUUGAACCUGCUCGCCAUGCAGCCAUCCACCCCCAUCAGUGCCUAUCACAUAAAGAUCAUCCAUACACGUAUAUACACACGAUUAUAUUGUGAAAAUACAAUAUAUACACAUACAGCCGAGUUCCUCUAUUCUAAACUUAUUGGGAUAUCGAGCACUUCCUCUAAUCUUCCCUUCACGUUCUUAUCCUUAUGCCAAAGGACACGAACAGAUUGGAAAUAUUAUUGCGCGCUCUAUCUUCCUUUAUUCAUUUUUCAUUAUCGUAUUCACAUUAUCAUGUCGAAUAUGACGUCAUAUGACAAGUAUCAAUAAUGAAGAAACAAUAAACAAUAAUGUAAAAAGAGAAAUUUAGUUUAGAGGAAAUCAGCUGAUUUUUGAUUAGAGGAAAACUUAGAAUAGAGGAAUUUGAUUACGCGAUAAUGCGUGAGAAUAUGUGGGUGUAAACAUGCUUACACUUAUACAGAAAUAUUUUCGCGUCCAUAGGUGAGUUUCGAUGGAAAAUAUUCGGUCACCGGAUGACAUGAUGAAAAUUAAUCUAUGAACAGAUGUAAAUACUGAAUAAAUAAUAAAUGUCAUAAUAAAACGUUCUCUAUGUACAAUCCGGGUAGAUUAAAAUAUUGCAUAUGUUCUUUCUUUUCAUUUAUUAUAUUCAAAUAUUUAAAUUUUUGUACGUAAAUCAUAUGUAUAACUUGCUAAUUUUAUAAAUUUGAAUUUUAUGAAAAGAAUUUGUUUUCCCAUUUUGAAGAAAUUAGUUGUAGAGAAAUAUUAGAGAAUUAAAAGAGAAAAAAGUCGCGACAUUUCAACUGAUUACGAACCGGCUGUGCAUGCUAAGGGAUUAAAUUAAAGAUGAAAAAUUCUAAGUAUUGUAUAAUAAAUAUUAUAAAUAUCCCACAAAAAGUCUCUAAUUUUUCAAAAAUCUAAUUUUUAAUCAUCAAACUCGAGUGUUUUGUCACGUAAAACAAAAAGAAAUGGGAAUAUGUGUUGCGAACGUUUUCCGUGAAACUCCUCAACAAGGACUCUACACACAUAUGUACACAUACAUAUAUAAUAGAGUACUGGCCAGCCCGAGCUUGAGUUUGAUUCAAAGUUUAUACUUUCAGUAACUUAAUUGACUUAAUUACACUUUAUUGACUUGAUAUAAUUGUAUAAGUAUUUGACAUCCUGUAAUAAAAAAAAUUUUUGCACUGUAUUGGACAAUUUACCUUUAAGAUAUCACACAAUUGUAAAUUUUAUAUAGUAAAAUAGGGAUUAAAAAAAGUUUAUCAUAUAUAUAUUUUAUGAUCAUAAUCAUCGUCUCAUUUAAUCGACGUCUUUAAUAAACUUCGUCGAUUAAUCUUAAAGAGGCUCGAUUUUAAUAAAGAGAACAUAUUGUAAUAAAUUAAUUUAAAAUUGACAAUAAAUUUUGGUAUAAAACUGCAUAAAGAGAUAUAAGCAUGCAACAAAACCAAAAAAAAAGAGAACAAAGAAACAGACUCUGAUCUCGGAAAGGCAUGGUACCCCGACAUUUGAUUUAGUAUUAUAGUUUUAUUAUUAAAUUAGACGAUAUAUAUAUUAUAGAGACUCGAGACAAAAAAAAACAUCCACACACAGAUAUACAUAUAUUACGUAUAAGAGUAUAUAUGUUAAAUAUUAAUGCAAUGAAUUACGAUUUACAUUGUUAUAAAUGAGCAUGUAUAAAGUUAUCUAAGUGAUUUCUAAGUUUUAAAAGAAACGGAGGUUUGACCGAGAGAUAUGCCAUUAUGAUUUUUUUUUAUAUAAUACGAAAUACAAUUAUAUAUUGCUUUUAAUCAUGAGAAUUAAGUCAGAAACACAAGAAAAAAAAAUCAAGUAUCGUACAUUAACAUGCGUUUCCUUAAGCUUUGUCACAGAAACUGCUCUUUCGCGUCACGCAAAAAUUCUUAUCACUGUGAGAAUCUAUGCUGCAGCGGUUAAUCUGCGAGUUACCUUCGGCAAAAGAACGAUUACGUAUUAUGAUUUUUAUAUAUUUUUGAAAUUCAGUCUUUUAAAACGCAUUUGCUAAUGUGCAAACCCACUCUGAUUAGGCAGCGACACUUAGGUUAAAGGGAUGUGUUUGUAUUUCUUAUAAUACACUUUACUUCGUAUUCUAAGAUCAUUUUUCUAUAGUUCUUACUGAUGAAUGAUUUUUCUUACUUAGCGUACUUUGUUUGUUUUUAUCUUUCUACACUUACAAAGCGAUAUACCAGAUCGAUUAAGUACAUCGAUUAGUACAGAUGGAAGGCCACCAUCAUAAGUUGUAGCUAUGUGAUAGGGACUUUGAUUACUCUAAAAAUCCGAUCUUGGCAUUUUUUUUAUCAAGAGUGUAUUGAAAUCGAUCUUGAAAAAUAAUAAUAAGACACAUGUCGCGGCGAUUUCAUAGUGGCAUGGAGCGUCGAUAUUCAGAUUACGGUACAUCGAUCUGAUUUCAAUAUCGCUCUCCAAAUCUCUGUAAGCUAAAGGUAUUUUUCAAAGCACUGAUACAAGAGGAUACAAUAAUAGCCCGUUGAAAAGAAAAAAAAACGUUUCGUACUUAAUAAUAUAAUUUACAUGUUACACAUACAUGGACCAUAGAGAACUUACAUACAGAGAUUUUUCAUCAUAAACUUAGUGGCAAUUGUUUAAACGAGUAGAGGACCAUAUCUUGCAGUUGACUUUAUUUAAUCGCAUCUCUCAUAUACAUUAUCAAUGUGUAUAAUUGCACAGCAAGUUUUUACUUAUUUUUUAAUUCGAUCUGUUGUGUGUUCCCGGAACAGGAAACUUGCCUAUCGAGCAGUAAAAUAUUAACAUAAGCAAGAAAAGGUCGUGUAUAUUUUAAUAAGAUAAUAUUAUUUACUGUAUUCUUACUUUAAUUAACUUUUACGGAACAAGUGGCAAUGUAUUUUGAUCUCUUUUAGUCAGAAAUAUGUCGCUUUUUAUUUGGGGUGAGAAGUGAAUUUACUAUAUGGUUGACUGGAGUAGAAAGAAAUUUAUGUUUAAUCGAUAUGUGAAUGUGUUUUUUUUUAACUGGCAGCUUUUAUAUGUUUUACUCAUUGUUACCGUUUUUCUUUUUUUUUUUCUUGUAGGCUCGGUGUCUAUUUGAAAGUAAUUCUUGGAAGUAAAGGAGUUAAAAACUAUAAAAGAAAAUACAUAGGAGAAUAAUUCCCUGUAGUAUUUCUCAGUAACAUGUCCAUUUGUGUAAGUCCGGCUUUCGAAAGUGAUUUGUGACAGUAUUUCUUUCAAAUGGAUACCAGCCAGUAGUAAUUCAUCAUAUCGUUUUUUUUUUUUUAUUACUUACAUAUGUCUUUUGUCAAUAUGUGAAUUGUGAUUUAGCAAAAACGUUUGCACAAAUUGAAAUUGUAACCACGACUGUGCUACAUAUGGAUAAGUUUUUUUGCAAUAUUUAUUAUAACUAUCAAAAUCAGAAAUUCUUUACUUUGCAUUUGCAGUAAUUUCAGCAAAUAUAACAUGUAAUAUUCUCACAAUAUAUGUGAUUAGAAUUACAUUUAUAAUAAACAAGACAACGUCUCGUGGUUACAUAUCGAAUUGUUUAAUAACGCAUUGUUUCUAAAAAAAAAAUUACGCAAUAUUUUUGAAAGAUACUCACAGGAAUUCGGUUCGGUCGCGUAGAUUUGUUUUAUUUUCUAAGGAAAUUUGAAAACAAAGGUGGAACGAGUAUGAAAAUUGAGAAGAAGGAGCACCGACACUAAUAUUAUUGACAUUUACGCGUAAUGAUUUUAAAGUAAGCGAAUUACAUUUAUAAGGAAAGAUUAUAAAAAUAUAUAUUUAUCUAUGUCUUCUGUGAAGAUAGAAAAUAGUACUCUCUCACUCUAUAUUGAUGAUAUUGAAAAAAAAAUCGAGGCCCGAUAAAAGAUACAAAAUGCAGAAGUAGACUAAGGAAAAGAAAAAAAAAAGAAAGAGACAUCUCGCACUGUACACAAUAACAUACGAUACGAUCGAUCGAUUGUGACUCAGAUUUGUUAAAUAUCUUUGUAUAUAUUUACAUGAAGACCAUGAGAAAUUGUUCAAGUUCCAGCAGCUACAUUUUUGUAAUAAGUACUCCCGUGAGAAGAGAGAAACUGUUUUGCUUGCAGCUCGUUAUAUGAAUCCAGUUCCACAUUUCGAAAUUGUAGUAUGCAAAAAAAUUCUUAAUAUUUUCAUAGAGACCUAUUAGUUUCUUCUAUAUGCAGUAUACUUUUAUACAGGAGUAGACGUCUAAUUUUUAUUUAAUCUACUUCAUUUUCGUUUUAUCUAAGUUAGUAAUUAUAUUGCUGAACAGCUGUACCGCCUAUAAAUAUAUGUAUUUACUGACAAAAAUUACGAAACACUUAUGAAUCAUUCAGUAUGUUUUAUUUACUCUUUGUAUUUAUAAUGAAUUAGAUACACAGAUGAGUAAUUAAAAUAUCUUUAUAAAGCAGAGUGUCCUUAAUUAUGCUUUAAAACAUCUAUUCAUCUUUAAUUCAAUUAAAUUCAGUCUUAUCUCUAUGAAAGUAUUGACUGCGCGCUAAUCGGCCGGCUAAUUCGACAAACUCUCGAAAUUUUGGAUCUCUUAAAAAUUCUAUUUAUUCAUAUCCUGGAACUGCCAUAUCAAAGAAUUGAGCUUGAUUGUAAAAAAAAACUUACUAAAAAAUAAUGAUCAGAGAAAAGAGAAAACAAAAAGGAUCUACCUGUAUAUUAUUAUCAUAAAUGAAACGAAAUGAGGAUCAAAGUAGUUGUUUUAACGAGUAAAUGAAAAAAAAAUAAAAUAAAAUAAAAUGAUAUAUCAUUAAAUUAGAGGUUUAAAAAUAUAAUAUAGAACUCAGUAUAUGUACAGUAUUUGAAAAACAUGUUUAUAAUUUGUAUGGAGAAAAUAAAUGAUUGAUAUAAAAAA